UUCAUUCAUAACUACAGUCUUUAUUUGAAGCCCAAAUUAAAGUAUGCAGACGGGGCAGGCUGCCUGUGGACCGCUUCAACCGGAGUCUACUGCUGGGCUGAGAGCAGACGACGCAGAAAUGUGGGACAGCCCCGAUCGGCGAGUUUUCGGAGUAGAGAGGAAGAUGCUGCUGGUGCUGAUGCUGAGGCUGAUGCUGCUGAGCGCCGCUGGAUGCAGAGGGUCUCUGUAGUCCGCCUGCACUGAGCGGAGGAAAGCUGCUUCAACACCGACACUAUAGACCGGUUCACUGACGUUGACUUGGACCAUGAGCAAUGAUUUGCCUGUUCUGACAAGUCUGACAGAGAACUCCACUGAUGUGCCUGUGUCUGCGGGCCAAGUGGACAACUAUGUGUUGCUGUUGGUGCUGCUGAGUGUUUUUGCUGGGGGGAUGCUGGUCCUGCUCUCCCUACUGCUCCUCUUCUGUCACCGCUGCUGCAUGGGUGGGCGGCGCUACUCCAGAGCGAGCGAUGACCCUGAAAAGACAAACACCACUUAUGCUGAGGAUUCUCAGCCCACCCAAGAAAUCACCAUUCGUCUGGAUGAAUCAGACGCUCUUUCAGCUUCAAGCUGUCACGAUGGAGAGUCGGAGCGAUUUGUCUCCACUGGGUCCACUGGCCGCAGAGUCUCCUUUAAUGAAUCUGCACUUUAUGAACAGGAGAAGACGACACAGGACAAAGGACGAAGAUACACUCUCACUGAAGGAGACUUCCACCACUUGAAAAAGGCCCGGCUGACCCACCUGCACCUCCCUCCAGCCCCAUGUGACCUGAAGAUCCUCACUAUCAUGGAGUGUGACUCAAAUGAAAGCAGCACAGUGAACAUUAAUGAAACUCCAGCUUCCAAACUGCCCCUCAGCAUCUAUCAGCCGACUGAGAGGAGAGUUCUUGCUGAUCCUCUGGACUGGGUAGGAGGUCUGCCUGGAGACCCACACCACUCCAUCAUCCUGGACCAGGGCCACAGACCGGCUUCUUCAGUGAUGAGACCACUGCACACGCGGUCGCAGACAAUGGAGACUAUCGGGGACAGGGGAGAGGCAGACAGUGAAAGGGGGAUGAGAGGAGACUUGAUUCCAGCUUCGGGCCAAACUUCAGUUCUGCAUUUCUUCUCUAAACUGCGGCGCCACGCUAGUCUGGAGGGAGCAGGGCCGUAUUUUAAGAGGUGGAAGUUUGACAGCAGCCACAGGGCUGCCAGCCUGGAUGCCAAAGGAUCGCCUAAAAGAAGGCCCUUCCAGAGACAAAGAGCAGCGAGUGAAACCACAGAUCACACAGAAGAUGACUCUUCUCCCCUUAGAGAUGACAUCAUUGAAUCCAUCCCACACACUCCCAUCCAGGCCACUGGACUCCAGUCUCUGUCUGCCGAGUGUCUUUCUCACCCAGCCACUGCACCCACAUCAGUCUUCUUUAGCAGGCUAAAACUGGAGGCCAUGGUGGAGGUAGGUGGCAGUGGCAGCUCUAGAGAAGGGCCAUGUUUGCCAACAGAUGAUCCUUUUGCCUUUAGGCAAGAGGAGGCCACAGGCAAAGAAACAGGAGCAGAAAGUAAAUUACAGGAAGCCAUAAGUACAGGAUCAGCAGGAGUCAGAGAAGAAUCGAUAGAAGACGAUGACUUAUUUGGAGUGCGACAAGAAGCUACCAUUCAGGAAAGGUUUGAGGAUGUGGUGAGGAAAGACACAAAGACAGUGCCACCAGUUGUGGGAAAGAAAGAGACAGAGGUGGAUGAUGGAGAUGAUGUGGUGUUGGGUGCUGAGGCGAGACAAAGGGCCGACUCUGGUUCAUCUCUUUCUUUCAUGAUGCGUCAGGAGAGCUCUGAAGCCCCUCCAUCUCUCUACAGAGACAUUUGGAGCUUGCGAGCCUCUUUAGAGCAAUACGCCUCCUCAGACCAGAGCAGCACUGAUCGAGAGUCUAUACGGAGCGAUGCUGACAGCGUUUCAUCUUUUGGUGCAGGAGCUCGCUCUGGUUUGGACAGCUGCUUGUCCCAAGACCUAGAUGAUGAGCCUGAGGGAGAAGGGGAAGGGGAGGCGUUGGAGGGUGGGAUGAGAGGGGCGUCAGGUGGAGACAGUGAAUCAGUGAGUGGAGCUGGAGGAGAUGGUGAGGCAGGAAACAGGAAGCUUCUUCAGAUGGACAGUGGCUAUGCCUCCAUUGAAGCACCGUCCAGGGCCCCGGAGGACAUGCGGCUUUUUGGGAACACUGGAGCCCCUCGGGGGAAGACGGCGUCUGAGAGGAGACUAUUUUUCACCAACUCUGGGAGGAAAGGCUCAGUGUGUGAGAGUGUGGAGGCCAGGCUGCUUCAAGAGGAGCUUGAGGAUGACAUGACUGACAGUACUGAGACACAGGAGAAAGUACAGGAGACCCAGACUCUUACACUUCAAGAACCAUAUCAGCUUCUGAAAUCUCUUCAUACUCAAAAAUCUCCAGAAUCACAACCACAGCUGAUGUCUCCCUUGAUGAAACCAGUGUCACAGCCCUCUAGUCCACACCGGCCUCGCCUCCGCCGCCGUGACUACAGCAUUGAUGAGAAAACAGACGCCCUUUUCAACGAGUUCCUCCGUCAUGAUCCACGGUUUGACCAGCAGGACUCUCCACUGCGCUCCAGACGUCGAUCCAGAGUUCACCUCCGGAAGCAGUGGCAGAGACACAAGCAAUACAGUGACCCAGGGUCGAGCAGUGGUGGCAGGUACUCUCCAUCUUUGGAGAGGCAGCGGUUCACUCCACUGAGGCGAGGCGACAGUGCUGGUUACCCUCUUGACACCAGAUAUCACAGCACACUGUCACGCAUAGCGAGUGCUGCAGAUGAAGAAGCCAGUGAGGUUGCAGCUUGUGAGGAAGCAGCAAAAGAGAGCACAGAGAACAAAGAUCCAGCAAGUGAGGGAGCUGCAGGGGAAGCCAACACAACCUCUGAAGGCGCUGAUGCAACAAAGAGUGGCUCUGGCUGUGCAGAGUCGACUACUGAGGAUGACGGCUGCCAAGUCUCUACAAACCAGGACACAGAAAGCACAACCAUCCAGUCUUUGACCACUGUGACUGCACAGACAAGCUACAUGGAUCCCAGAGUUGACAACAGGAACAACAACAGCAGUCAGGCUAUGCUAUCAGAGGCACAGAGCAGCCUGACGGACAAGCUGGUCGUGUCAGUGGAGGAGAGGCUCUAUGGCAGCCUGCGGAGUGCAGAGAAACUCGGCCAGGGAGGAACAGAGUGUGCCAUCAAAGUGUCUCACACUGCCUCACCUGGCUUCAGCCCCAUAUAAUCUCAUAGCAAUCCCAUCCUGUUUGUUAACUUUCUUUCAAAUCCAUCAUCUGUUGAUUUAACUUGAGUGGUCUUAUAACACAAAUACCAUUGUGUAUGAGAUAUGAUCUUAUGUUUGGACAAAUAUUUAGAUUCACAAAUGUGGUCUGAUAACAAAUGCACCACCAGACAUUCCUUUAACCGCAGUCAUUAUGAUUCAGACCUUAAUUUCCACUGUGACGCCAUGUGCUGUGACAUGUGAUGUCCCUUUUAGUUAUUCUUUCUCUUAAAUGCACUCAUAAAAUAGCUAGAUCCAUAUUUUGCUUACCAUCUUUAUAAAAAACAAAAAAACAAACCAUCUUUUCAGAAUUUACUGUGAAAUCCCAGCAUGCUACUGUAUGUCUAAAUAAUGUGGAUGUGAAUACUGUACAGUUUUAACUUUAAAACAAAAAGCACUUUGAUGGGAAGAAAGAUAAUGACAGAGCUUCUGACACUCAUUUCUCUCAUUUAAAACCAUAAUCUUCCUUAAGUGUCCUUCUUGUCUCGAUCAUCAUCAGGGUAAAUGUUUAUGUGAGAGCUUGUGGUGUCUGUUUGACUGCUGACCAUGUAAAAAAAAAAAAAAGCAUCUUAUCUGUCUUUAACAUCUAAUCAGACUGUCCCGAGGGUACACACAUCAUACCAUGAAGGUAAAAAAAAAAAAAAAUCCUAUAUAAACAUACAGCCAACACAGUGAAGAAAAUAUGUGCAUAAAGAACUUUUCUAGUCAUUCUGCAUCUUUUUUUUGUAAGAUGGUGUUAGUCAUCGGUCCUGGUUGUGCAUGUAAUUAAGGAGGUGGUAUCCAGGAGCUUCCGCUGGCUUGAGCGUUGUAUCAUUACAGGGACUGUGCUGAAGGGGAGAUGUGACGGAUGACUGACACUGGAGCCUCUCGGGCGUUUUGACAGAUGUUCCAGUGACAGACUGUGAAAGUGGAGGUUGAAACUGGAUAGCAAUGGCUCCUAAAACCCUGCAUAAUGAGAUCUACAGUACAGUAACUGUUUUACUGAGGAUAAUGCAGGUGAUGUUUUGUAUUUUCUUUAUGGUUAAAAAAAAUUCCGUGAACAAAGCACCAUUUAAGAGUAAGAUGUUAAUUCACUCUAAGAUUUUUACUAUUUCUUCUCUGCAAUAAACCUUGAUUUUUGCUGGAAAAAAAACUAAGCCAGUCUUCUCACUUUUCCUUGCUAGUGGAAAUACAACAGCUGAUACUCUGCAAUCCUGUACAUUUACUGUUAAUAACAUUUGCAGCAAACCUUAGCACCCAGUUGUUUCAGGAAAUAAACCACUUAAAAAUGCUACCAUGCAUCCACAAUUCCAUCUGCAUUUAAAUAUCAAUCUAUGGCUGACAGCAAUACAAAAAUGAAGAAAAAUAUAAAAUGUUACCAGCAUUAUCCUUUAAUAUUUUGUCGAUAUUGUACUUAUUUUAUGUCAGGGUUAAACACUUGGAUGAUUUCAGGUUUUUUACGUGUCAUGAGAUCCACAGGCUGAACAGGUUUCCUUCCACUGCAUCUCUUCCAUUAGAAAGGUCAAUUGUAAUUAUUGUCUGCGUUUCUGUCAAAUUGCAUCUCUUUUAAUGUGAGAGCAUUGCUGCAUGUUUUAAUGCGUGGAGAAUGCACUUGGGAAAGUGAUGGUAGGUACAGUAUGCCUGCUGAGUACAGCUUACAAGUCUGAGCUGCAGUGUGUUUAUCUUAUAAAACUCUGUGUCCACAUAUGUGUGAACCAUCUGCUCUAUAGAAAAUCGACUAGUGCAGAAAAUAUCUUGCAGCCGUAAUGGAGGCUAGAAUUUGUGGGACCAACUGAGGCUCAUUUUGAACUAAACAUUUUUUUGUGAAUAAAAAAAGAUAAAAACU